GGCCACUGGUAGCCACCAAGGAAGGACCAUUAAGGGCCCAUUCCCGCCUCUCUCCCCCGCCGCUGCCCCCCGCCUCGCCGGGACCGCUGACUCCCCCCCAGUCCCCGUCACUCUACCACUUCCGCCUCCGCUGCCUCCCGGUAACCCGAGCAGGGCCGCCCGCCGCCAGGACCCCGCCCGGGGCUGCCCUUUGCGCUGCCUGAACCCCGCCCGUUGGGAAGCGCCGCUCGCUGACGCGGCCGGAGCCGCGGGGACGGUGCGGUGAGGUGCCGCCGCCCUUUCCAUCGCUUCUGGGCGUCGCGAGGAGGUCGUCGCGGGCUCGGUCGGGGUGGUGCUGUCGGUCAGGCAGCGCGGCGGGCGCCCCGCGAGGAACUGCGGCCGGCGUCGUGAGGGGAGAAGAGCGAGGGGGCCUCGCGAGCCGGGGAGGGGGCUGCGGCGGCCGGAGGAGUUGUCGCUCCCCGGGAGACCGGGCCCAUGUCCGCGCCGGGCGCAGUCCUCUCUGGCCUAAUGUCACACUGGACAGCAGUCAGCAGGAUGCUUUUCCCUUAAGGCUGGCUGCCUUCUGGGGUUCACAAGAGCUAUCCAGCAGGUUGAGGAAGACUUGCCUGGGUAACACGAUGCCAGCUGAGCGCAAAAAGACAGCAAAUAUGGAAGAAAAGGAGUCUCCAUUAAAUAAUAAAGAAAAAGAAUUUAGUGAAAGGCGCCCAGUGAGCACCAGGGAGAAGCCAAAAGAAGAUGUCAAGGUUGGCAUGAAGAGAGAGACUUUAAAGGUUCCUGAAGAUAAAAAGAAAAAGUUGGAAGAGGAUAAAAGAAAAAAGGAAGACAAAGAGCGGAAGAAAAAAGAAGAGGAUAAAGUAAAGGCAGAAGAAGAGCUAAAGAAGAAAGAAGAAGAAGAAAAAAAGAAGCUUGAAGAGGAGGAGAAAAAGAAACAAGAGGAGGAAGAGAAAAAGAAACAAGAAGAAGCAGCUGCUCAACUGAAAGAAAAAGAGGAAGCACAUCAGCUCCAUCAGGAGGCUUGGGAACGCCAUCAGGCAAGAAAAGAGCUUCGCAGCAAAAACCAGAAUGCUCCAGACAACCGCCCUGAGGAAAACUUCUUCAGCAGACUGGAUUCCAGUCUGAAGAAGAACACAGCUUUUGUGAAGAAACUGAAAACCAUUACAGAGCAACAAAGAGAUUCCUUGUCCCAUGACUUUAAUAGCCUGAAUUUAAGCAAAUACAUAGCAGAAGCAGUAGCUUCUAUUGUGGAAGCCAAACUGAAAAUAUCAGAUGUGAACUGCGCUGUGCACUUGUGUUCCCUCUUUCACCAGCGCUAUGCUGAUUUUGCUCCUUCCUUACUUCAGGCUUGGAAAAAACAUUUUGAAGCAAGAAAAGAAGAGAAGACUCCCAACAUUACCAAGUUAAGAACUGAUUUGCGUUUCAUUGCAGAAUUGACAAUAGUUGGGAUUUUCACUGACAAGGAAGGUCUGUCUUUAAUCUAUGAGCAGCUUAAAAAUAUUAUUAAUGCUGAUCGAGAAUCCCACACUCAUGUUUCUGUGGUUAUCAGCUUUUGUCGGCACUGUGGAGAUGACAUUGCUGGUUUGGUACCAAGGAAAGUAAAAACUGUUGCAGAGAAGUUUAACUUGAGCUUUCCUCCUAGUGAGAUAAUUAGCCCGGAGAAACAGCAGCCGUUCCAGAACUUGUUGAAGGAGUACUUUACAUCUUUGACCAAACACCUGAAAAGGGACCACAGGGAGCUACAAAAUAUUGAAAGACAAAACAGGCGCAUCCUUCACUCCAAAGGAGAGCUGAGUGAAGAUCGACACAAGCAAUAUGAGGAAUUUGCAAUGUCAUAUCAGAAGCUGUUGGCAAAUUCUCAGUCCCUGGCUGAUCUUUUGGAUGAAAAUAUGCCUGACCUUCCCCAAGAGAAACCAACACCUGAGGAACAUGGACCUGGUAUUGAUAUUUUCACACCAGGAAAGCCUGGAGAAUAUGACCUGGAGGGAGGUAUCUGGGAAGAUGAAGAUGCUAGAAACUUCUAUGAGAAUCUCAUCGACUUAAAGGCUUUUGUGCCUGCAAUUUUGUUUAAAGAUAAUGAAAAGUGUUCCCAGAACAAGGAUUCUGGAAAAGAUGAAUCAAGAGAUUCAAAAGAUGCCAAAGAUAAUAAGGAAGCACCUGGGAGUGAGGAUUUGGAGUUGGAGCUGGAAAACUUGGAUAUUAAUGAUGAUCCUCUGGAGUUAGACUGUGGAGAUGAGGCAGAAGAUCUUACAAAAAAGCUUCUUGAUGAGCAAGAACAAGAAGAUGAAGAAGCCAGUACUGGAUCCCACUUAAAACUUAUAGUAGAUGCUUUUCUUCAGCAGCUUCCAAAUUGUGUCAACAGAGACCUCAUAGACAAGGCAGCAAUGGAUUUUUGCAUGAAUAUGAAUACAAAAGCCAACAGAAGAAAACUAGUACGGGCACUUUUCAUAGUUCCUAGGCAAAGGUUGGAUUUGUUACCAUUUUAUGCAAGACUGGUUGCCACAUUGCAUCCCUGUAUGUCUGAUGUAGCAGAGGAUCUUUGUUCCAUGCUGAAAGGAGAUUUCAGAUUUCAUGUAAGGAAAAAGGACCAGAUCAACAUUGAAACAAAGAAUAAAACUGUGAGAUUUAUUGGUGAGCUUACCAAGUUUAAGAUGUUCUCCAAAAACGAUACUCUCCACUGUUUAAAGAUGCUUCUGUCAGACUUCUCUCAUCACCAUAUUGAAAUGGCAUGCACUCUGCUGGAAACCUGUGGAAGAUUCCUGUUUAGAUCACCUGAAUCUCACUUAAGAACCAGUGUUCUUUUGGAACAAAUGAUGAGAAAAAAACAAGCAAUGCAUCUUGAUGCACGCUAUGUUACAAUGGUAGAAAAUGCUUAUUACUACUGUAAUCCUCCUCCAGCUGAAAAAACUGUGAAGAAAAAACGACCUCCUUUGCAGGAAUAUAUUCGUAAGCUUCUUUACAAAGAUCUCUCCAAAGUCACCACAGAGAAGGUCCUGAGACAGAUGCGCAAGCUCCCUUGGCAGGAUGCAGAAGUAAAAGAUUAUGUUAUAUGCUGUAUGAUCAACAUCUGGAAUGUGAAAUAUAAUAGUAUUCAUUGUGUAGCCAACCUCUUAGCAGGGUUGGUCCUUUACCAGGAAGAUGUUGGAAUUCAUGUUGUGGAUGGAGUGCUAGAGGAUAUUCGACUGGGAAUGGAGGUCAACCAGCCCAAGUUCAACCAGCGGCGCAUCAGCAGUGCCAAGUUUUUGGGGGAACUUUACAAUUACCGGAUGGUGGAAUCCGCUGUAAUAUUUCGAACUCUGUAUUCUUUCACAUCAUUCGGUGUGAACCCUGAUGGGAGUCCUAGUCCACUGGACCCUCCAGAGCAUCUUUUCAGGAUCAGAUUAGUUUGUACUAUCCUUGAUACCUGUGGGCAAUAUUUUGACAGAGGAUCCAGCAAACGAAAACUCGAUUGCUUCCUUGUAUAUUUUCAGCGGUAUGUUUGGUGGAAGAAAAGUCUGGAUGUUUGGACAAAAGACCACCCCUUUCCUAUAGACAUAGACUAUAUGAUCAGUGAUACACUGGAACUGCUGAGACCAAAGAUAAAGCUCUGCAAUUCUCUGGAAGAAGCUAUCAGACAGGUGCAAGACCUGGAACGAGAGUUCUUAAUAAAAUUAGGAAUUGUGAAUGACAAAGAUUCCAAAGAUUCCAUUACAGAAGGAGAAAACCUGGAAGAGGAUGAAGAGGAGGAGGAAGGUGGAGCAGAGACAGAGGAACAAUCUGGAAAUGAAAGUGAAGUAAAUGAGCCAGAAGAAGAAGAGGGCUCUGACAAUGAGGAAGAAGAAGGUGAAGAAGAGGAGGAAGAAAACACAGAUUAUCUUACAGACUCCAAUAAGGAAAAUGAAACUGAUGAGGAGAAUACAGAAGUAAUGAUUAAAGGAGGAGGACUUAAGCAUGUCCCUUGUGCAGAAGAUGAGGACUUCAUUCAGGCAUUGGAUAAAAUGAUGCUGGAAAAUCUUCAGCAACGAAGUGGUGAAUCUGUUAAAGUACAUCAGUUGGAUGUAGCUAUUCCUCUACAUCUCAAAAGUCAGCUCAAGAAGGGUCCCCCACUUGGAGGUGGGGAUGGAGAGUCAGAGUCUGGAGACACAAUGCCAUUUGUCAUGUUAACACGAAAAGGCAACAAACAGCAGUUUAAGAUCCUAAAUGUACCAAUGUCUUCCCAACUUGCUGCAAACCACUGGAACCAACAGCAAGCUGAACAGGAAGAGAGGAUGAGAAUGAAAAAGCUCACUUUGGAUAUCAAUGAACGGCAAGAACAGGAGGACUACCAGGAAAUGUUGCAGUCUCUGGCACAGCGUCCGGCUCCAGCAAAUACCAAUCGUGAACGGCGGCCUCGUUACCAGCAUCCGAAGGGAGCACCUAAUGCAGAUCUAAUCUUUAAAACUGGUGGGAGGAGACGUUGAUCCAGCAGCAAGUGUCAUUUCAUUAGGUCCUGUAUCUCUGAUGUUGUGGAUAGUGGAGUCCUCCAGCGAUUAAACGAGAGCAGUGGACACAUCUCAGCAUGUCAGUCUAGAGCGUUCAGAACCUGGGACAGGCUGGGGCCGUGGGGCAGAAGCAACAGCCUCCCCUCUUCCCCCCAACCCCACACAGAAAAAGUGGAAGCUCCCAGUCAUGGCCUAUUAAACAAAAAAAAAGCAAAAAAAAAAGACAAAAAAAAGCUUUUUGUUAUGGGAACUGCGUUGAGGGUUAAUUUUCUCAUCAGAGCAGAAGUAAAUGAACAAGGUGGUGAACUUGUCCAGUGAGCAGCUCAGUGAAAGCAACCAUCAGCCCGAACUUCAGAUGGAUUACACUGGAACAGAAAAGGUCUCUGAGAGCUCAGUAUGUGGGAGAACAAAGUUCUAAAGUUGACACAAGUUAACGUUAUCUGUAAAUGGAGCACUUGGUGUUGGAAGGAUAUCCUUUGGGGGCUGCAAAGCUACAGUAGAAUAAGAUAGAGCAAAUGGUGACAUCUGAAAGAAAACCCUGACAAGUAGGAAAACUUCUUCUCAAACUCUACUCAGCGAGAAGAUUUUUGGUUAAGGAAUAGCCUUUUUCUGCCAGAUGAGCAAGAAAGGGGAUGGGGAGGGGUGAAAAACUUCAGAGCCAAGGAGGAAAAACGUCUGCUAAGGUUUCAAACGGAAUGUGAGGUUGAGUACCAGAGGGUGUUGACUCGUACUGCUUGGAACAGCCUGACACCAGCCCAAGGACAGGGAUGUAGUUGAACCCAUUGUAUGUAUCAUUGAAAACCAAAACGUGCCAGUCAGCGUAACAGGAGGAUGUCAAGGAGCGGAUCCAAAUCCUUUGAUCUUCAUGGGUUGAUAAGCCUCUGUGUCUGUUGAAACAAACAAACAAGUUUUAAAACAAAGAUUUAAGUCUGGAAACAAGUAGAAGUUUUAUUUUUUUUCUAAGUAGAGAUGAAGUUUCUGGGUCUGUUUCUGACAAUCUGUUAUUUAUUAGCGUAGGUUUUUGUUUGCUUUCAGGUAGAGGUAGUUAAUUGAGUUAAGGAGCUCAUCUGUAUGUUACUACUAAUUCGUUUUUCUAGCUCUUUUAAAAUCCUUUUUACCACUGGUUUUUGGUUUCUGCAUGUAGGAAGAGAGACUUAGAGAAUUGUAACAUUUCAUACCGAAAUGCCACCCGAUCUUCACCAGCUUCAGAAAUCUGACCUUUGCCAAUGCUGCAAUAAAGUGUUGUAAUUUAGAA